UCCGAUAAAUAAAUUAAAUAUUAAAUUAUUUUUAUAAAUAAUUUUUUUUAAAAUUAAUUAGGUAAAGCACUCCGGUCUUACACCUUCCCGAGUGCUUUAUUUGUCGUUUGUCACCCCCUUGCUAAUAAAAUAACAAAAAGUAGUCAAAACCCGGCACCUCCUUGGUGCCAUCACUGUCAUUACUUCUUAGCAGAAGAUUUAUUAAGCCUAAGCCGUGUUAUCGAAGCUUCCAAGUAGCUAGAAGACCAGAAUGAUGACUCAGCGGCCACCUAAGAGGAUCCCACCAAUCAAAAUGCGUCACGUCAGGAGUGUCACAUUUUGGGCCAUUUUCGUACAAGUCCAGUUAUAGCUGUCUAUUAAUUUAACAUAUUUCAACGAGCAGACGAAAGCUAUGAUAGCAAAUUAAAACGAGCAGGAAAGAAAGUCGUCGACCCAUAGAAACUCUAUAUCUUGUUGACAUUAUUAGCUCUUUGCCUGUAGCUUCUAAAGAAAUUAAACAUGGCAGAGGUGAAGGAAGUGAAGUUAUAUGGUGCUUGGGGCAGCGGAUACUGUGCCAUGGUUCACCAUGCUCUUAAGCUCAAGGGCGUUGCCUACGAGUACGUAGAGGAGGAUCUCCAGAACAAGAGCGAGACGUUGAUUAAGCUGACCCCUGUUCAUAAGAAGGUGCCAGUCCUGGUGGUGGAUGGUAAGCCAAUAGCCGAGUCACUCGUUAUCUUGGAGUUCAUUGAGGAGACGUGGAAGGAACCUCCACUACUUCCAGAGGAUCCGGUUCUUCGCGAUUUCAUCUACCAGAGGAUCCGGUUCUUCGCUGAUUUCAUCUACCAAAAGAUAAUGCCAACCAGCCAUGCCAUUAUCCUGUCCGAUGGUGAGGCACAAAUGAAGGCAACAAAGGAAUAUAUAGAGCACAUGAAUACUCUGGAGAAUGGCAUUCAGAAAGACUUACCAAGUAAUGGCCCCUUCAUCAAUGGACAAAAGCCUGGCCUCCUCGAUGUGAUCGCGGGUGCUUUUUCUGCAGGAUUUAGGGUUCUUAAAGACCUCCUCGCGGAGCCAAAGUAUUGGAUAUGGAGAGAGUGCCAUCCUGCACUCCUCUGUAGUUCUUUCAUAGACCUUGAGGUGAUCAAGGACAUGGCAAUUCCCUAUGAAGAGUUGCUCGUACGUGUCCGCACCAUGAGGGAGAAGGCUCUGGCAUCUGCCAAAUCUUGA